AUGGACCCCGAAUCUUCUGACAGCGAUGUCUCUGUUGGCGGAGGUGAUGAAUAUCGAUUUGCCAGUCCUCUGACUGCACCAAUUCCCCUGCCGCCGCCAGCAUCAAAGCACGCACUGGAAUCUCCCGAUGCCGUUCAAGCACGUCUCGACGAACUCCAACGCGUCGAAGACCACAACGUCAAGAAAUAUGAUCUGCUCAGGGCUAAGCGCGCGCGGAAAGACGAGAAAAUCCGUCGCAGGCGCGAUAUCCAGGACAAGAAAUGGGCUCUUAUUGUGGAAGCGCGUCAACGCAGAGACGCUAGAAUUGAGGCGCGCCGAAGGAGGGAAGAUGCGGCCUUUGCCCAGUUUGAUCAUGAGCUAGAGGAGGAAGAAAGUAAUCUCCGGCGCCGGCUGAAGCGACUCAAACGUGGACUACCACCAGACGAGUCACCAGCACCAGGAGGUCGUAGCAUAUCGUCAUCGUCAAUGUCGCCGCCAGGUCCCGCGCUCUCAACUCUUCCCCCACCCCCCAAGCGUCACCAAGUUGGUCCUCCAGGCCAGCCUGAUGCUGUUAAUCCAGCUCAGUCGAGACCUUCGCCGCAGUCCAAUCUGGCAGCGCCUGCGAAAAGCACUUUGCCUGCUCCCUCCUACUCCUUCUAUCGCGACUCGGCUUCAUCCUACUCCCGUCCAUAUCAUCACUCAUCCUACUCGACCACCCCGAACAAUGCGUCCCCGACGAUAACGACGAACGGGUCAGGUCAUGCCCACCAACCCUCGGCCGACCGACCGCAACUGAACCAUCUCGGACGGCCAGCUUCUCCGCUCCCACGAUCCGUCCCGAGUACUCAGUCACCUGUGACACCAGCGACGAAUCCUAAUCCGCCCAGACAGAUUUAUGAUACGCGCCCGCCACCAGCCACUACGUCUUCUGGAUUCGCUUCGAUUAACGCGCCUCCAGCCUCGGGAUUUGCGACCAUCAACGCAAGAACGACCGCAACUCCACCGACAUCGCACGUCCCCAUGUCAAGACCUCUGAACGAUGGAGAUCCCAACAGGACCCCUAAUCAUCCAGCCAACAACAAUGGAGUCGAACCCAAUCACUUCCAUUCUUACCCAAGUGCUCCAACUCCUUCCAACUCCACAGCACCGACUGGGAGUGGUAGCAAACGUACGCCCUCAACAACCCAUCCAUACCAGAUGUCCGAAGCAUUUGCAAACCGCCACCACCACUGCGAAAGAGUCGACACACUGAACCGUGGUAUCUGGACGUCCUAUGGUCCGGGAGGCACGGCAGAGCAUCCGACAGGACCUGCAGUCGAGAUGUACCUUCGGUGCAAUCACGACGGAUGUUCGCGUAUUGAUUGGCGUACUGUGCAUGGUCUGCAGUGUCACAUUGUUAAGAACCAUGAUCAGCCCAAGGGCACCAUUGGUAGUCUUGACAAGGCUCUUGAGAGGUACGGCGUUCCGGUCAAAGAGGUCGAAGAUUUCGAAUUCCACAACGGCAGAGGCACUGCGGGAACUAUGGCAGACCCAAAGAACCUAAAGAUGAAGCUCAAGACGAAAGUCCAGACUUUUGGCAGAGUCGGCACCCCGGGCUCUUUCGGUGUCGAUCCUGAGGCGAGGCCAGCUGGCUACAGACCCAGUCCGGCUGCCACCGACGACAGUCCAACAAUGUCAGAUGGUCUCAAAAGAAGUCCCGACACACCCAUGACAAACGGCUAUCCCAACCGUGCCGUGAGCAAUGAGAACGGUAGACAGUCUGCACCUCAAACAGCAGCGGGCUCUCCCGCCAUCACGCACACGGCUGUCCGACCAGGGUGGAUGGGGGUAAAUGCGCCGUCGUCGACCCCGGUGACCAUCGAACCGGAACCUAAAAGCCUGCAAGGGGACUUCAGUUCGACUGAUACUCCGAGUAACGAGGAUACGACCAAUUCUCAACCUGCGGUUCCAUCUGGAGAGACUCUACCUACGCCUCCAUCUACCGUCACGGCUACUACUUCACAAACGGAUUCCAGAGACACAAUCACAAUCGGCGAAACUGUGGCCACUGCUCCCAAACAGCAAUUCUCUGCUGCCGGACCAGUCGGGGCUGAACCGUUGACCUCUUCAACCCAAACACAACCAGCCGCCGAAAUCAAGAGAGAAGAGGAGAAGGGGGAGGGCCAAGAACUUUCUAGGCCAAAGGCAAAGGACCAAGAUGUUCAUAUGACGGGAACAUCAGAGGACAAUCAACCGAAGCCCGAUGAGAUUCGAGUAAAUGGUGCAACUAAUGCGGAGAAGGAUGCAGCACCUGAAAAGCCGACACAGGGACCAGAUCCGACCGCAGAACAGUCCGAUACAAUCGAGAUAGAUGGGGGCGCCGCGAAGGACGCCAGCACUGGCGCUGUCCGGCGAUCCACGAUGCAAUCUCCAACUAUCACGACGAGGUCUCUUACUGCGACCACGCCUGGCAGCGCCCGACGACCAAGUCGACGAUCCAGUGCAGCGAGGAAAUCCGUCGAUGUCGAUGGGGAACCGGGUAGACCUGCGAACAACGAGAACGAUGACAAAGAAAAAAACGACAAGGAUGGCAAGGAUGAGAAAGCAGAGAAGGAGAACACUCGGCUGGAACCUCGGCGGUCAUUGACUGGACGACUCAUGCGAAGCCGGAAGAUUUAG